UUACGUAUAAAUUCUAAGUCGGAGCUUAGCUAUGGAUGAAAUAUUAAAGUGCUAUUCUUGUGGAACGAAAUUUGAAACGACUGGUCCAAAAGAACCACAGGUGCUUCCUUGUCAGCACACAUUUUGCAAAGUUUGCAUCUUCAAACUCGUAAGAACAGAUAGCACGAAAUGUCCAACUUGUCGUGAAGUUCAUCCCGCCAUAACAGCCGCUCGUCGGAAUCUUAUUCGGACCAAUUUGACAAUUAUCCGUUUACUUGAAGAAGUUCCAGUUCCAGUCCCGGAAGUCCCAGAAAACGGAACUGUCUACAGAACAAACAUAAAGCUGGAAAUGUUGAAAAUUUACAUCGUUUAUUUGAUAAUGACAAUUAUGAAAGAUGUGUUGUUGCAGCCAAAUUAUAACGUGGUGAAAUUACAAAAACCGUCUCAAGUGUUGGUAUACAUGAUACUGCCCUUUUACAAAUUCAUUUGGUGGAAAAAUGACAUGAAAAACUCGCCAAAAAUGAUUAUUUUAGAGCUACUGUCUUGGGUGACUGCCAUAGGCUUUGUAACACUAUUAAACUUCAUAUCACCAACUAUAAAGCAGUUGGUAAUCCGCUUAUUGAAAGCACCAGCGUGGAAGGUUGGCUUAAUAUUACUCUGUUUUGCUAUUCUGUUACAGUAUUUCCCGUCACAGACUAAAAAUUAAAAUAUGCUAUGCAUUCAUUUAUGUACAUUGCAUUUAUUAAUUUAGUGGCUCUAACAUUUUAUCUAUCAUAAUCUUA